AUUCCGUUUGUUUUACUACGCCCCUUGUGUUUAUCUUUUCCUUGGCAAAUCUUCAGGGCAAAUUAGCUUUUGAUAAAUAGUAUCAAAAUUGAGCAUAAGAGAAACCUUCUUUUCUAUAUGAUUUUAUCCAUUGUGCCAUAUUCCGUUCUGUGCUUAACGAACAAUGUGGUUGGGUCUAGUAUAUCAGAACUGAAUGCUUCGUUUCCCAUAAACCCCUAGUUCAGGCCACCAAAUUCUCUGUGCAAAGGCGCUGAGAAUCUUGAUGGAGCUGAGAAAGUUUGGUUAAUCUUUGUAACUCAAACUACCCUUUUCCCUGACUUGUUCAUUCUUCUUCCUAAACAUCAAUGGCUGCUUCAUUAUCACGCAUAACAUCUCCAUCGACAUCAAAAUUCUCUCUUGGAAAGACCAUUUUGAGGUUUUCAUCCAUUCAAGGCCGUCCCACCAUUAUCCAUACUAGAAAACCCCUGUCCAACUCAAAUGCACGCUUAAAUUUUCAUUCUACUCGCCGUUUCAGCCCCUUUCUUGGAAAUUCUUCUCUCUAUCUUAUAUCAUCAAGAGUUUCUUCAGAAGGGUUGCUUGAUACAGCCGAGGAGAAUGAGAACAUGCCGUCAUUUGAGGAACGGCCGCUCAAAUUUUCUUUCUGGGUACUGUUUUGGGCGUCUCUAUCCCUUGUUUGGUUUGCAACUUCUAAGGAUGCAAAUGCUGCAGCUGAUUCCAUCAAAGCCUCCAGCUUUGGCCUGAAAAUUGCCAGUAAGCUUCGAGGGUCGGGUUGGCCCGAUGAGGCUGUGGUUUUUUCCCUUGCAACGCUUCCUCUUCUUGAGCUUCGUGGGGCUAUUCCUGUUGGUUACUGGUUGCAGCUUAAGCCUGUGGUGCUAACCAUAUUAGCCGUUCUUGGGAAUAUGGUUCCGGUUCCCUUCAUUAUACUUUACUUGAAGAAGUUUGCUUCUUUCUUCGCUUCGAGAAAUAAGACCGUGGCUCGAUUUGUGAACAUUCUUUUUGAGAACGCCAAAGCGAAGGCUGGCCCUGUAGAGGAGUUCCAAUGGCUUGGUCUGAUGCUCUUUGUAGCUGUGCCUUUCCCUGGAACAGGAGCUUGGACUGGAGCCUUCAUAGCCUCCAUCCUUGAUAUGCCGUUCUGGUCAGCUCUAUCUGCAAAUUUUGUUGGUGUUGUUUUUGCUGGGCUUCUAGUAAAUUUGUUGGUGAAUCUUGGUCUCAAAUACGCAAUUAUUACUGGUAUUAUUCUCUUCUUAGUUUCCACAUUCAUGUGGACCAUCCUUCGGAUCAUUAGAAAGUCCUUAAGCUCGUCAAAUUGACAUUGAAUUAGCAGUGUUAUAUUAGUGGCGUCAAGUUGUAGUUUAACUUCUGAAACUUGAAUUUCGAUUAUUCAAUAUCUUAUUUCUCAUUGCAAGAUCAUAUAUGCAAAAAAUAUAUAUUAUUUAAGAUAA